AUGGCAUCUGGCAAUGGAACCACAAUCGUCAGGGCCACUGCGGAAGACAUCUCAACUAUCCAGGCCAUGGUCAUUGCUGCCUACUCGAAGUAUGUCGAUCGGAUGGGCACACUCCCAGCGCCUAUGCUGGCCAAUUAUUCACAACUGCUGGAUACUGAGGAUGUGUAUGUGCUGCGUUCGGCAGUAGAGAAUCAGGUCCUAGGCUCCAUCAUACUCGCCGCUGACGAGGGCUCGGCAGGGUCAAUUAAAGUCAACAAUCUCGUCGUGGAUCCAUCGGCUCAAGGACGUGGGUACGGUCGUAUACUUAUGAAUUAUGCAGAGCGAGAAGCUUUGUCUAGGGGGCUUUCAGCAGUGUCCUUAUUCACAAACGUUAAGAUGGUUGAGAAUAUCGGCAUGUACGCCAAAUUGGGCUUUAUUGAGACCGACCGUAGGAUCGAGGGGCCGUACGAGCGCGUUUACUUCCGAAAACAUCUCGCCAAUGUCCACCGCUAA